AGGUGUUAGGUCUAACUUCUUGUCUCGGCCCGUUGGCUUGGGGAUUAGUGUUCAGCCUCCAGUCGGUAGACCAAGCAACGCCUGUCAGUUUUUAAACCUGACUUGGUCAGCAAAAGCAAAAGUGAAGAAGUGAAGUAAUUUAAACCUUGGACAAUAUGUGACAAGGUGUAAUUACCGUCUUCAUUGAUAAGGAGAAUUMAGUAAUAGAACACAAAUAUAUAAUUUUUUUCUAAGAAAGAAUGAAGUCGAAAAAGCGUAAAAAUGAUGAAGGAUCAGUUUCGAAGAGAGCUAAGAAAGGAAAGACCCAGGUUGAUGAUGAUGAUUGCGAUGAUGAUAAUGAUGAUACAGAAUCUGUGGGUGGUGAAGGAGAAUUCAUACCCAAAUCUUCAGGUGCUGCCCUGAAGGAGGAGACUCAUGAGGAUGAAUAUGGUGCAAGAGAUUACAGACAAGAGGUACAGCUAAAGAAUGAUCAUUCAUCAAGACCUCUUUGGGUGGCACCAGAUGGACAUAUAUUUUUAGAGUCUUUUUCGCCAGUUUAUAAACAUGCUCAUGACUUUCUUAUUGCCAUUUCAGAACCUGUCUGUAGACCAGAACAUAUCCAUGAAUAUCGGCUUACUGCAUACUCUCUAUAUGCCGCUGUAUCUGUUGGCUUACAGACAAGUGAUAUCAUUGAAUACUUAAGAAGGCUUAGUAAAACAACUAUUCCUGAAGGAAUUUUCAAUAUGCUCUUCAAUGUUUAGUUGUGUACAUUAAGUUAUGGCAAAGUCAAACUGGUCUUAAAACAUAACAAGUACUACGUGGAAAGUAACCAUCCAGAUGUUUUACAGACUCUCCUACGUGAUAAAGUGAUACAAUCUUGCAGAAAAAUACCAGAACAAGAUGAUGAUAUGCAUAGAGACAGCGAAGAAAUAUUGAUCUCUGCCAAAGGAGCAAGACAGUCUAUAAAGUUCCCAAAGACAAAUGACAAAAAUGGACAAGAAAGUAAAGAAAGUUCAUCUCAGGGAGAUGUGGAACAAGAAAAAGAUGCAAUUCCUUCAGACAUCACYGAUUACAUUGAUAAAAUUGACCAGGAUGAUGAAGAGGAGGAGAGUCAGAUAUAUUCUUUUGAGAUAGCACAAGAGCAAAUAGAAGUUYUWCAGAAAAGAUGCAUUGAGCUGGACUUUCCACUUUUGGCUGAGUAUGAUUUCAAAAAUGACUCUGUGAAUGCAGAUCUGAAUAUGGACUUAAAACCAACUACUGUAUUGAGACCUUAUCAGGAAAAAAGUCUCAGGAAGAUGUUUGGCAAUGGAAGGGCUCGUUCUGGAGUGAUAGUCCUGCCAUGUGGAGCUGGCAAAACCUUGGUGGGGGUUACAGCUGCCUGUACAGUUAGAAAAAGRUGUCUUGUUUUAUGUACAUCAGGAGUUGCUGUUGAGCAGUGGCGAAGUCAGUUCAAGCUAUGGUCAACAGUCGAUAGUCGUAUUAUCUGUUGUUUUACAUCAGAUGCCAAAGACAAACCAACAGAUUGUGGUAUUGCAAUAUCUACCUACUCUAUGGUGUCYCAUACAGGCAAGAGAUCAUGGGAAGCAGAGCAGGUGAUGAGUUUUCUUCAAAACAAUGAAUGGGGUCUGAUGAUAUUAGAUGAGGUUCAUACCAUUCCUGCAAAACAAUUCCGCAGAGUUCUAACAGUUGUUCAAGCACACUGCAAACUUGGUCUUACAGCAACCUUAGUCAGAGAAGAUGAUAAAAUCCAGGAUUUGAAUUUUCUCAUUGGACCAAAAUUGUAUGAAGCAAACUGGAUGGAGCUUCAAAAUAAUGGCUUUAUUGCAAGAGUACAGUGUGCAGAGGUCUGGUGUCCCAUGUCUCCUGAAUUCUACAGCGAAUAUCUUGCUAUCAGAACACGAAAGAGGAAGCUCCUCUAUGUGAUGAAUCCAAAUAAAUUCAGAUGYUGUGAAUUUCUUAUAAGAUAUCAUGAAAGACGAAAUGACAAAGUGAUAGUAUUUUCUGACAACGUUUUUGCACUGAGAAAUUAUGCUGUAAAGUUGAACAAGCCGUUCAUCUAUGGUCCUACCUCGCAGGGUGAAAGGAUUAAUAUUCUACAGAAUUUUCAGCACAAYCCUUUAGUUAACACAAUAUUCAUAUCCAAGGUUGGCGAUAAUUCAUUUGAUCUUCCCGAAGCUAAUGUCCUUAUUCAGAUCUCGUCGCACGGUGGCUCAAGAAGACAGGAAGCACAGCGACUGGGAAGAAUUCUUCGAGCMAAAAAAGAUAUGGCUGCAGAAGAAUACAACGCGUUCUUCUACACUCUUGUAUCAACCGAUACAGAGGAAAUGUACUAYUCAACGAAGCGUCAACGGUUUUUGGUCAAUCAGGGUUACAGCUUUAAAGUUAUAACAAGCUUGGCGGGAAUGGACGAGGAAAAUCUCAAUUUGUCGACAAAACGAGAGCAACAAGAACUAUUACAAAAGGUUCUUGCAGCAAGUGAUGCAGACGCAGAAGAGGAGAGAACUGCUGGGGAAGUAAACCAAAAGAAUUCCGGCGUUACGAGGCGAACUGGAUCAAUGGCUUCCAUGUCUGGUGCAGACGACAUGAGUUACCUUGAAUUUCGAUCGUCAUCCAAGUCUACGUCUCUUAGCAGACAUCCAUUGUUCAAGAAAUUUAGAAAAUAGYGACUUGCAGCGUGUAUUUCAUGAGAUGUUUAUAUAGUAMGAUAAAAAAAUAUCUGCCGUAAAAUAAAGCUAUGGAACUGAAA